UACUAGUUCCCAAUCACUAAACCCCAUGUGAGCUAGCUUUUCAUUUUGCAAGAAAAUGCUCAUCUUGCAUAAUAUUCAUCCAUGGAUUUCCCCAAGAUUUCAAUAUUUCUCAAAGGUUUCAACUUUUAGAAGAGAACCAAUCCCAUUUCCAUGCUGCUGGAUCAAUUCUUCAGCUUUACAUACAAAUAACAUAUUCAUGAGUUCUCAAGUAAAGAAGUCGGAGUUUAAUAACAUAAAAGCAUCACAUAAGACGGGUUUCGAGUCGGGCCCCUUGAAGGUGAAGCUACCAGAUUACUCUCAGGUGCAUCUGACAAAGAUAGUUCUUGCUGCAGUGACGUCUUACUUACUUGCUAAACUGAUACAACAAAAUCGUGGGAAAAUAGUGAUUGUUGCUCUACAACAUCUAAUAUCUCGCGCAUUUCAAUCAUUUACUGCUACAAGUUUGCCCCUUGCAUGCAUCUCUAAUUCUAUGAAUAAACCUACACCUCUGGGAUUGGAUGUAUCUUUUCCCUCCUUGCAUGACAUCAAAUGGAAUUUUUCACGUCUGGCGUAUUUAUUUAACAUACAGCUUGAAAGAAAUGUGUCUACGUUCUUAAUUGUGCUUUCUGGAGCUUGUUUCUCAUUUGUUUUUAUUGGUGGUUUACUCUUUUAUAAGUACAGGGGUAAUACACAGUCGUUUGAGGACUGUCUUUGGGAAGCUUGGGCAUGUUUGUGCUCUUCAUCAACUCAUCUAAGACAAAGAACUAGGGUUGAACGUGUUAUUGGGUUUGUUCUUGCUAUAUGGGGCAUAUUGUUUUAUUCUCGUCUGCUGGGCACUAUGACAGAACAGUUCAGGCAUAACAUGCAAAAACUUAGAGAAGGAGCACAAGUGCAAGUUCUUGAGAGUGAUCAUAUUAUUAUUUGUGGAGUUAAUAGUCACCUGAGCUUCAUAUUGAAACAACUAAACAAGUAUCAUGAGUUUUCUGUGCGAUUAGGUACAGCUGCAACUAGGAGGCAGAGAAUUCUUCUCUUAUCUGAUAUUCCAAGGAAGCAAAUGGACAAAACAGUUGAUAAUAUAGCAAAAGAUCUUCAUCAUAUUGACGUCCUCACAAAGAGUUGCAGUCUAAGUUUAACAAAAUCAUUCCAAAGGGCUGCAGCAAAUAAUGCACGUGCCAUAAUUAUUUUGCCAACCAAGACUGAUAGGUAUGGAAUUGAUACAGAUGCAUUUCUAUCUGUCCUUGCCCUCCAGCCUAUUUCAGACAUGGAAUCUGUUCCUGCAAUAGUUGAGGUUUCAAGCCCCAAUACAUGUGAUCUCUUAAAGUCAAUCUCAGGUUUGAAUGUUGUGCCUGUGGAAAAUGUUACAUCUAAAUUAUUUGUUCAGUGCUCUCGCCAGAAGGGGCUCGUAAAGAUCUAUAGACAUUUGCUUAAUUACCAAAAAAACGUAUUCAAUCUUUGCAGUUUUCCUCAUCUAGCGGGAUUGAAGUAUUGGCAACUAAGAAAUGGAUUUCAAGAGGCUGUUGUUUGUGGUCUUUAUAAGAAAGGAAAGAUGAACUUUCAUCCAUUGGACAAUGAAAUAUUCGAUGAAGAUGACAAAGUAUUAUUAAUUGCACCUGUUAACGGGAAGAAAGAUUCACAGAUUUCAUAUUUUAAUUCAAUUAAAGAACAAGGAAUUGACCCUCAUAACCUUCAAGUUUUGAAAGAGAUUGGCGAAGAAGCUCCACAUAACGCCCUUCAUGUGGCAAAAGCACGAUUGGAGAAAAUUGUCAAACGUCCAGCAAAAUCAGGUUCGAAGGCAUCAGAUUGGAGCGUGGGACCAAAAGAAUGCAUACUAAUGCUUGGAUGGCGGUCGGAUGUUGUAGAAAUGAUUGAAGAAUAUGAUAAUUACUUAGGACCUGGAAGUGUUGUGGAAAUUUUGUCAGAUGUGCCAAUUGCGGAACGAGAAAAAACAUACAAAUUUUCUGGUGGACGUAAAUUGAAAAACGUCCAAGUCAUUCAUAAGGCUGGAAACCCAAGGAACUAUGAUGCCUUGAAAGAGACCAUUGAACAUACUCAAAAGUCUGUUAAGAAAGGAGAAGAUGUUCCAUUUUCUGUUGUGGUUAUAUCUGAUAGAGAGUGGCUGCUUGAAGAUCCAUCAGGGGCCGAUAAGCAGUCUGCAUAUUCUCUCCUUCUUGCCGAAAGCAUUUGCCAGAAGAUUGGUGUGAAGGUUCAUAAUCUGGUUGCAGAAAUUGUUGACUCUAAAUUGGGAAAACAGAUUACUAGAAUCAAGCCAUCAUUAACUUACAUAGCAGCCGAGGAAAUAAUGAGCCUCGUGACAGCUCAAGUUGCCGAAAAUUGUGAACUUAAUGCAGUUUGGAAAGACAUAUUGGAUGCAGAUGGAGAUGAAAUUUAUGUCAAGGAUAUAGGUCUAUAUAUGAAGGGGGAUGAGCAUUUAUCAUUUUCAGAGCUCUCUGAAAGAGCGCGAUUAAGGAGAGAAGUCGCCAUUGGUUAUGUGAAAAACAACAAAAAGGUUAUCAACCCAGUUCCCAAAUCUGAGCCUCUCUCCCUUGAACUCACUGAUUCUCUCAUCGUUAUAUCAGAACUUGAAGGCGAACAACCGAUUCUCUUAUAAAAUGUGACUCGUUUAAGACGGCUCUCUGCUGCUUUUUUUUGUUACUGCAUGGUGCCGCGGGUUUUACAUGUGCAGGGCAUAGAUACACAACAAUCUUCGUACAAAUUGAUUUUGAGUUGGAAACAAAAACCAGAGAAGAUACCCUUGCUUUCAAGCAUGGCGUAAAGCGUAGGCUUUUUACAAGGUUUUUAAAAAGAAAACAAAACCUCAGAAAAUCAUAAGUGAUCAAUUUUGUAUAACUUGUUACAUUCAAUGCCUCAAUGGGAAAUGUAUUUUUGGGUC